AUGGACAAGGGGCCCUUCUCGGUGGAGUGGCUGGCCCAGAGCAGCCGCGGCGGAGCCCGGGAGCUGCCCGGUGAGUCCCGGCCGUGCCCUCCGGGUCCCCCGGCGCGGCGCUUUCGGUCACCGCGGGCGGGGCGCGGCCGCCACCGUGUCACCGCCCGCGGGGCCCGGGGCCCGCCGAGGGAAGGGUGCCCCGAAGGGUCCCCCAUUCUGAUACCCCCAUCUGUCCCCGCAGAGUCGCCCCGGGAGCGGGAGGCCGCGGAGCGCCCCGGGCACGGAGCGGGGCCGGCGGGAGCCGCGCCCGGGCGGCCCCGCACCAAGUUCUCGGCGGCGCAGCUGCGGGAGCUGGAGCGCAGCUUCCGCGAGCAGCGCUACAUCGGCGCCGGCGAGAAGCGGCGCUUGGCCGCCGCGCUGAACCUCUCCCAGAGCCAGAUAAAAACCUGGUUUCAGAAUCGUCGUAUGAAGUUCAAACGCCAGACUCAAGAUGCCAGGAUUGAAGCUCUUUUCUCGGGCUUGUUUUUGCCUUGUCAUUGUUACCCAGACGUGGCUACAUCCAGCUGUCCUCAUGGGGUGGAUGCCAAUGUCCCUGCUACCUCUGCUGCUUCCCUUCACCCAGCUGUGCCAAACCCUGCCUUGUUGUUACCUUCUGUUCCAGCGCAGUCUCUUCAGCCAGUUUUGCCAAGUCCAGGUUUACUACUGCCUCCCGGGCCAGGAUUAUCUUGUUACUCUUCUGUGUUUCCAGCAGUGACUCUAACCACUGAACAUAAAAGACUGAUGUUUCAACCAGAUCUUCCUUCCUGUUAA